UGCAUUUUGUUAUGCUAUAGGCGCAAUUGCCGCUGCAGAAAAGAAAAAUGGAGACAAGCAGAAAGUGAUGGAAAACAUUCCUUUCUUUGGGUUUUUGGUUUAUAUAUAAAAACCCCAUUUUUCAAUUUCAUUUUUGAGCUCUGUCUCCUCUCUGUAAGAAUUUGGAUCCGCCAUCUCACUCGCCCGACUGACUCCAAUUCGGACUGUUUCUUUCCAAAACUCAAAUAAUGGGCUGCGUUAGCUCCAAGCAGGCGGUUUCAGUUACGCCGGCUUUCGACCACUCGGGUGGGUUUAAUUCGGGUCGGAUACGGGUGGGGUUGGACAAUGAGAAGAGUAGCCAUAAGAGUUGUGGGAAUAGCAACCAUAAGAAGAAUGGGGAGCUGAGUUGUUGUGGUAGCGAGUUGGGUGAGUCCGGUAGAGCGAGUUCUAAUGGUGAGUCUUUGAGCUUUAGAUUGCGGAAUUUACAGAAGUACAUUGAAGGAGAACAGGUAGCUGCCGGUUGGCCUGCCUGGCUUAGUGCCGUUGCAGGUGAAGCUAUUCAGGGUUGGGUCCCGCUUAAGGCCGAUGCGUUCGAGAAACUGGAGAAGAUAGGACAGGGUACAUAUAGCAGUGUGUUUCGAGCACGUGAACUUGAAACUGGGAGGAUUGUUGCACUGAAGAAGGUUCGAUUUGACAAUUUUGAGCCUGAGAGUGUCCGGUUCAUGGCAAGAGAGAUAGUGAUUCUCCGCAGGCUUGACCAUCCCAACAUCAUGAAAUUGGACGGGUUAAUAACCUCCCGUUUAUCAUGUAGCAUAUACUUGGUGUUUGAGUAUAUGGAGCAUGACAUCACUGGACUCUUGUCUUGCCCUGAUGUCAGGUUCAGCGAGUCACAGAUUAAGUGCUAUAUGAAGCAGUUGCUAUCUGGACUUGAGCACUGUCACUUAAAGGGUGUAAUGCACCGAGACAUCAAAGGAUCAAAUCUUCUUGUAAAUAAUGAAGGAAUGUUGAAGGUGGGUGAUUUUGGAUUGGCAAACUUCUGCAACUCUGGAAACAGACAACCAUUAACCAGUCGUGUUGUGACUUUAUGGUACCGUCCUCCAGAGCUUUUGCUAGGUUCAUCUGAUUAUGGAGCAUCUGUGGACCUUUGGAGUGUUGGUUGUGUAUUUGCCGAACUUCUCUUUGGAAAACCUAUUCUUCAAGGGAGAACAGAGGUUGAACAAUUACACAAAAUUUUCAAGCUUUGCGGGUCCCCACCUGAUGAAUACUGGAGAAAGUCCAGACUUCCUCAUGCAACUUUAUUCAAACCGCAACAACCAUAUGAUAGCUGUCUGCAAGAGACCUUCAAAGAUUUACCAACAACUGCUGUGAACCUGAUAGAAACACUUCUAUCUGUAGAGCCAUACAAGCGAGGGUCUGCCACCUCUGCUCUUAAAUCUGAGUAUUUCACUGCAAAACCUCAUGCAUGUGAUCCAUCAAGCUUGCCAAAAUACCCACCUAGCAAAGAGAUUGAUGCAAAAAACCGUGAGGAGGCAAGUAGGAAAAAGAUCAGUGGUAGAAGUCGUGGUGGUGAAACAAGAAAGCCGACUAGAAAACUUGGUGGAAUCAAUAAACCGGCGCCAACAGAGGAUGCAGUGGCUCGAAUGCAAAGUGCUCAAAAUAAUACUAGCAAUAUGCAUAUCACUAAGGGAGGAGAUGUCAGAUCUAGUGGAGAGGCACGGAAGCCAUCACUUGAAAAGUUGGAGGAGAUUUUGCAUGUAAAGAAUGCAUCCCAAGGAGACAUUCCCUUUUCUGGCCCCUUACAGGUUUCUACUUCCAGUGGCUUUGCAUGGGCAAAAAGACUAAAGGAUGAUGCGUCUGUAAGAUCCCACAAUAGGACUAUUUCAAGAGGCCACGUUACUAAUGGAUUAGAAACCUCUACAGCGUUGCAAGAAAAGAACCAUUUUGAUUCAAGACGGCAAGAUAAUGGGGAUGUCAGAUAUGGGAUCCGGACCAAUUCUAAAGGUCAUGAUUCAUAUGAGAUUUCUAAGCAUGCUUUGCAGAAACAGUGGAGUCAGUUUGAAAGGCCAGAUUCCUUUGAUGCUUCUGAGGGUUACCAUUCACAAGAACUAUCAUUGGCACUUUAUCAAAGAGAGGAAAUGGAAGCAAAGAGAAAUAAUUUGGGUUUUCAAGAUCAAGUGGACAAGGUAGAAUUUUCUGGACCCUUGCUAUCUCAAUCGCAUAGAGUGGAUGAACUACUAGAAAGACAUGAACGCCACAUUAGACAGGCUGUUCGAAAAUCAUGGUUUCAAAGAGGUAAGAAGCAUGGAAAGUGAUCAUCAUCAGGUACACAGGCUUCUUUUUGUCCUGUUUUAGGAAAAUUGCAUCACUCUUUUCUUUAAGUGGAGAAUUGGCAGAACUUGAGACAAACGUUCAGUUACCAAGAAUUCCAAACCUCAGGAGCAAAAGUAUAAUAUCAAAGCAUCAUACAGCCAAUGCCAUCAACUUGAAAUUUAGAAACUGCAAGUUGAGACUUCAGAGUGGUGCAUGCCAACUAGAAAAAGAAGAGAUGGGGGUACAAAAGAGAGAUCCACAAUGAUGGUUGCUCUCUUUUUCUCCUACAAUGAGCAUUAUUUAUUUGUUUUAGCUUUAUUCCUCUGUUCUUUUUCCUUUCCUCCUUUUUCCUUCUCUAUAUCAUAUGUAUAUAUAGAUAGUGUAUCCCAAGUCACUGUUUGUAAGACUUGUGGCAUCAGUUGCUUUUCUCUCCUAUCCUAUAUCAUCAGCAUUGCAAUCUGUUUUCUGCAAAUUGGAAGCUUUUCUUAAAACAGAGAUAUGGACGAUGAGAUGAAGAGAACAUCAGAAUAGUAGCAGGGCUUUUGUGUAGAGUACAAUUUACAGCCAAACUCAAAUAGUUUAACGAUUAAAUACUCCAGAAAGGAACCUCUUCAUUUCA